GAAGCUGGGGAGCGCUGACAGCAGCCGGGCGGCCUUGUGCGCGGACUCUUGGGCAGCGCGAUGAUCCCCACGGAGGAGGCGUCCGCCCGGAGGAGGGAAAUAGAAGAGAAGCUCAAGCAGGAAGAAGAAACGCUGUCUUUCAUCAGAGACAGUCUAGAGAAAAGUGACCAGCUGACAAAAAACAUGGUUUCCAUUCUGUCAUCCUUUGAAAGCCGCUUGAUGAAGCUGGAGAACUCCAUUAUUCCUGUGCAUAAGCAGACUGAGAACCUUCAACGCCUGCAGGAGAACGUUGAGAAGACACUAUUCUGUUUGGAUCACGUAAUUAGUUACUACCAUGUCGCAAAGGACACAGAGAAGAUAAUAAGGGAAGGCCCUACAGGGAGAUUAGAAGAGUACUUGGGCUGCAUGGCUAAAAUCCAGAAAGCUGUGGAAUAUUUCCAAGACAACAAUCCCGACAGCCCAGAACUCAACACAGUGAAAUUGCUGUUUGAGAAGGGCAAAGAAUCUCUAGAAUCUGAAUUUCGCAGUCUUAUGACCCGAUACUCCAAACCAGUUCCUCCAAUCCUCAUCCUGGAUCUCAUCAGUUUAGAUGAAGAAAUGGAAACCCAAGAAGAUGUGACCCUAGAACAUCUUCCUGAGAGCAUCCUGCAGGACAUCAUCCGGAUUUCUGGUUGGCUAGUGGAUUAUGGAAGGAACCAAGCAGUUCAGCCACAGAAGGAGCCGCAACAGGUGAUGGUGGUAUCUUCAAGUCCAGUCUGGAGUUUUAACUGUCUGUGUGAGGAGAAGCAGCUGCCUGCAGGAGCCCAGAGAGGAAGCCUAAAGAGAGAGCACAGAGCCGUGUCCUACACCAGCAUAGCCUCUAGGGAGAGCACUGUAGAGCAGUCACUCAAAGAAUUAGGACACAAUAGUAACUUUAUGAAUGUUUACUACCAGAUCCGUUCCAGUCAGUUGGAUCGUUCUAUCAAAGGACUAAAGGAACACUUCCGGAAGAACAGCUCUUCCUCAGGGGUCCCAUAUUCCCCUGCCAUUCAGAACAAGAGGAAAGAUACACCGACUAAGAAACCCAUCAAGCGACCAGUCCUCAUCCCAGGCACGAUCCGUAAGGCUCAGAAUCUUCUGAAACAGUAUUCUCAGCAAUGUCUAGAUGGGAAAAAGGGGGCCUCUAACCUCAUUCCUAUGGAAGGUCAUGAGCAUGAUUUACGCGUUAAACACCUUUCCGAUACCCUGACUGACAAGCAUGGGCUGGCUGUGGGGAGAGAUGACAUGUUGGACGUGGAAAUCGAUGCGUACAUCCACUGUGUGAGUGCCUUCAUCAAACUGGCCCAAAGCGAGUACCAGCUGCUGACAGAAAUAAUCCCAGAACACCACCAGAAGAAGACAUUUGACUCUCUCAUUCAGGAAUCAUUAGACAACCUGAUGAUAGAGGGAGACAACAUUGUCUCUGCAGCCCGGAAGGCCAUCAUACGCCAUGAUUAUUCAGCUGUGUUGACUAUUUUCCCUAUCCUGAGGCACUUGAAGCAUACUAAACCAGAAUUUGAUCAAGUUUUACAGGGCACUGCAGCCAGCACUAAGAACAAGCUUCCAAGCCUCAUUACCUCAAUGGAGACUACAGGAGCCAAGGCUCUGGAAGAUUUUGCAGACAACAUCAAGAACAACCCAGACAAGGAGUACAACAUGCCAAAGGAUGGGACAGUUCAUGAACUCACCAGCAACGCUAUUCUUUUCCUGCAACAGUUGCUGGAGUUUCAGGAAACUGCAGGUGCCAUGUUGGCCUCCCAAGUUCUUGGGGACACAUACAAUAUUCCUUUAGACCCCAGAGAGACAAGCUCUUCAGCCAGUAGCUACAGUUCUGAAUUCAGCAGACGACUGCUCAGUACCUACAUCUGCAAAGUUCUGGGCAACUUGCAACUAAAUCUUCUCAGUAAAUCCAAGGUUUACGAGGACCCGGCUUUAAGUGCCAUCUUUCUGCACAACAACUACAAUUACAUUCUCAAGUCCCUUGAAAAGUCUGAACUAAUCCAGUUGGUGGCUGUGACUCAGAAAACAGCUGAAAGAUCUUACAGGGAACACAUCGAGCAACAGAUCCUGACAUAUCAGCGCAGCUGGUUGAAAGUAACAGAUUACAUCUCAGAGAGAAACCUGCCUGUCUUCCAACCUGGAGUCAAGCUUAAAGACAAGGAGAGGCAGGUGAUCAAGGAAUGCUUUAAGGGUUUCAAUGACGGCCUGGAGGAAUUGUGUAAAAUCCAGAAGGCGUGGGCCAUUCCGGACACAGAGCAGAGGGACAAAAUCCGGCAGGCACAGAAAACCAUUGUACAAGAGAUCUAUGCUGCCUUCCUCAGCAGGUAUGGAAACGUGCCUUUCACCAAGAACCCCGAGAAAUACAUCAAAUACCGAGUUGAGCAAGUGGGCGAGAUGAUCGAGAAACUGUUUGACACGUCGGCGUGAUCUUCCUGCUUAGCUGUCAGUUUGCUCCUAAUUCCCUUUCCCAGCUCACUGCGGCGUGGGUCACACUUGUAUUUAUCAAAUUUAUAAAAUGCUAACGAUA